GUGGAAGCAAACGCUUCAGGAACCGGAAGUUGUUUCUCUCUCUCAGAUGACACUUUCCGGUUGGGGAAAUUUGAACGCAGCUGGUGGUUUAAAGUUCUGCUCAUUUGAUUGAAGGCGCGAUAAAUAAAAUUCAGUUUUAUGAGUCUUUAACACUGUGACAGCAGGAGAGUGAUGUGCUCAGGCGCUCAGUAGUUUUCCAGACUUCAUGUGGCGAUGGAUCCCGGCACUGUAUCGCUGUUUCAGAGAGUCUCUGAAAAGCUGGGCUGGGACAGAGAUGGUGGUCUUGAUAAAGCUGAAGAGAAGUUGAGGAAGAGCUUGAAGAACAGUUCUGACUCGAGCACAGAUCCAGCGCACAGACUGCUGCGGUCAGACACUGACGGCUCAGGGAAAGAGAAGCAUGUGCUGUGGACGUCAGAUGAGGAGGAACUUGACAAGUUUCUUGCUGCAAAGGCUACCCCAAAAUCUACAUUUAAACAGUCUGCCCAGAAACCGAGAGAACCAAUUCCAGUUCUGUCUUCAGAUAGUGAUGAUGAAUUUGAAACAUUUUUAAAUCGAGUGAAAACCCCAAAGUCUAAAGUCCAUCAUCAGUCUGUGAGUAGCAGUGAUGACAGUUUGAAACACUUCAUAGUGGACAGCAUGUCAUCUGAUGAUGAUUUUGUCAUUGAGAGGAAGCCUUCCAUUAGUAAAGGGAAAGCCAAGACUGCCAGAACUCCUAAAUCAGUUCAGAAGACUCUGUCUCUCUGUGAUUCUCCUGUCUUCCUGAGCGACAGCGAUGACGACCGUGACGCUGUUAUCAAGAGCACCUGGAGGACCAGACACAGCCGCCCACCUUCUGAGGAACAUCACGCCACGAGUGCAGGCAGAGAGGAGACCACAAAGCCUUGUGUGCUCCCGCCAGCAGUCCCUGUGACGACACACGCCGGUCCAGAGGACAAGUGCAGCUCUGAGGAGGAGUUCCAGUCCUUACUGGACCGAGUCAGACAGAAUCAGAACCUAGGAGGCAGAACACAUGCAAGCCCGAAGCCACCUCCAGAAUCCAAACCACGACCUCCGUGUUUGUCGACACCAUCUGCUGUGGGUAAGAAAGCCGCUAACCAAGUACCGGUUAAAGGAUCGUCCACAACCCUCACCCCAGUGCAGCAGACGCCCCGCAGCAGACCAGUGAGCCAAACUGAGCCCAGAGCUGCGCCCAACAGCAGGGUGCUGGUGUGUAAAACUCCCGGCUGCUUCCUGCAGUCCCUGUCUGUUCCUGGAUCGUCCUACAGCCGCAGCUUCAAACUCAACAAAGAGGAGCUCACUAACAAACUCUUCCAGCUCUACAACACCAGCGUGUUUGACAGUAAGCUUCCCGCUGACAUGUCUGUCACAUGGAACAAGAAGAUGCGCAAGACGGCAGGAUAUUGCAUCUCGGGCCAGGAGCGUGGCACUGGGGAGCGAUACGCCCGCAUCGAGCUGUCUGUCAAAGUUUGUGACUCCGCAGAUCGGUUACGAGAUACGUUAGUCCAUGAAAUGUGUCAUGCUGCUACAUGGCUAAUAAACAAUGUUCGUGACGGGCACGGGCCGUACUGGAGGCUUUAUGCCCGUAAAGCGAUGCUGGCUCAUCCUGAGCUGCCGAUGGUUUCCCGCUGCCACAGUUACGACAUCAACUACAAGUUCCAGUAUCAGUGUAACCGCUGCAAGAACACGAUCGGCCGUCACUCUAAGUCCCUGGACACCACAAAGUUUGUGUGUGCUUUGUGCACUGGGCAGCUGGUUUUGUUGACUCCCUCGAAGCCGCGGGCGCCCACACCCUUCGCCACCUUCGUGAAGGAGAACUACAGGUCCGCGAGACAGGACCUGGCAGGCCAGAGUCACGCUGAGGUCAUGCGCAAACUCAGCGCCGACUUCGCCAGCCAAACACGUCUCAGUCAGAGCUGAUCCCUGAUCAGACACACGAGUCUCAAAUACCUCAAACCAUCACGACUGCUGCGUCAGUUUGAGUUCUGUUCAUAUGCAGCGUCAGCUUACGGGGACUCUUGUGGGCAUGUCAGCCUCCAUCAGACUAUCACUAUUUGUUUUUAUACUGUGAAAUGGUUUUAUUUAUGGUUAAUGGCCAUAAAAGCCUUAUGAUAUAUGAGCCAUAUUCAUGUUUAUUUACUCCCUAAAUCUUAAGAUCUUAUCAAAGGGAUAAGCGUGUCUUCUUUUUUCUUUUUCUGUUCGUGUGUCAUGUUGGUUAUCUUGUGUACGUUUUAUUGUUUAGAUGUGUUUUUUCUUCAGAAUAAACAACUGAGUUAUUACA